GACGAAAUGUGGACCUGUUAAUAUUCCAGUAUCACAUCUAAAUAAAUUCUUCUUCUUUCUUUUUUUGCUAUUCUUAUUAGCAAUGUAGGUUUAUAUACAAUGGAACUUCCAUGAUGUCAGGUCAUAAAGGCGAAGGAGUAUAUGGAGUGAAUUUUAUACUGUACAUUUCAUCUCUGAGAACGCAUCGAUGCAGCACGGCUAAGGUUUUAGGCUAUGCUGCACAUUGUCAACUCGAAGCGAAUACUGAUCGUCCUAUUGCUGGCUAUAUCAAUUUUUGUCCUGAUACAUUGAGUCAUGAAUAUAAUGAUAAAAUGCGUUCUUUAUUCGUUGCUACUCAUGAAAUUUUGCAUGCAUUGGGAUUUUCUACAAGUCUAUUUGCAUUCUACCGUGACAAGCAUAAUCGACCAUUGACACCACGUGAUCCAACUACACUUAAACCUGCACUGGGCUGGUAUCCUGGUAAAAAUGGGCAAGUAUAUCAAUGGAGCGAUAAAGUGGUUCAAAGAGUUAAUCGUACCUGGUUAAGCGCUUUGGGAACUUUUCAAAAACUAGCACAUAUUGUAGUUUUACCAACAGUUGUACGUGUUGCACGAAUAUUCUUUGACUGUCCAACUCUUGAUGGUGUUGAGCUGGAAGAUGAAGAUGAAGCUGGUGUAUAUUUAACUCAUUGGGAGAAACGUCUUCUAGAGAACGAUCUGAUGACAGCUACAUUUACAAAUUCAUAUCGUAUUUCACCGAUUACACUGGCAAUGAUGGAAGACACUGGCUGGUAUGUAGCAAACUAUGCAUUAUCACAGUCUUUCAGUUGGGGAAAGGGGAAAGGUUGCGUUUUCGCCACUGGUAGUUGUUUGGAGUAUAUGCUAGAACAAAAGCUUCGGGGUCAACCAAUUACACCGUUCUGUCAACAUUUACAACUUUCAUCCAGCUUGAAGAAUAAGAAUGGUGGAUUACAAGUUAGCUGUACACCUGAUGGAGAAAGUUAUGGAUUUUGCAAUCUUAUUGAUUAUCCUGAACCAUUGCCUUCUGAAUAUGUUUAUUUUGUUCGUGGGAAUAUGUCAACAGGUCAAACAAAUGAGGAGAUCAGUUUACCCACCACUGGUGCAUCAGAUAAUCAAUAUCCUCUUGUUAAAAUAGGCGGUAAAAUAGCCUUGGCUAAUUACUGUCCAUAUCAUCAGGAAAUAGAAUGGGAAGACAAUGGAGGGAAGGCUGUGGCUAAUACUCACUGUCAUACACCUACUAAUCUUCAAGACCCUCACAAUAACUUUAAGCUUGAACGAUUCGGUAUGGAAUCAAUAUGUGUGCAACACAGUUCCAAAUGGCAUUUAACAAAUGAAAAUUCAUUAUUUCUUCCACCUGUAGAAGGAGCUGGUUGUUAUACUUUCCGAUGUUCAGCUGAUGAAGGUGGUCUAGUGCUGGAAUUGGCUGGAAGUAUUUCAAUCCCAUGUGAAGUUCCGGGAGGAUUAAGUGAAGUUAACGCUUGUUUAACAAAACAAAGUCUCACUGUGAAUGGAAAACUCAUUUGUCCAGAUUGUAGGAAUCUUUGUCCUCUCUCUGAAUGUCCACAAGUGAAUUCCAUUUCACAACAUGAAUCAGCCUAUAGCAUGUCAAACUCUACUUACUAUUCCUCUUCUGCGUCUGCGUCUUCGUCUUCCGCUCCCUCCAUUUAUGAAACAAAAAUGUUCAGUCCUAAAUCAAAAACUAUACACUAUCAUUAUUCUUGGUUGGGUAAUGAUAAUAAUAAUAAUAAAACUAUGCUUAUUGUAGAGAAUCCUUUGUAUAUAGUUGAAGAUGUUAAGCCAAAACAUGGUGUAGUUAUACAACAGGCGAUUCUUCCCGGUCAAUGUUCAGCCAAUGAUCUUUCUAAGACUUAUGAGAAAAAUAAAAAAGAACCAAUAUUUUUUCUUUGCAUUUUUAUAACUCAAUACCUGUUUGAAUAA